UUGGGGGAGUAACAUCUAAACUUUCGUUCAGUUCUGUGUUAUUUUAAAUAUUUAGAAAUAAAAACGGUCGCGGAGUAUGAACAGCUGAUUCGGACUCUUGAUAACAUGGAUAACCUUGCAGAAAAUGUUUCUUUUACUAAGAAUUCAUCUCAAGUGCCCAAACUGUACGACUUCGGGAGGGAAGACGGGACUUUUAUGUUGUUGUGUGCGUUUAUAUUGUUAAACAUACAGACAGGAUUCGUAUUUUUCGAAUCCGGAACUGUCAGUGCCAAAAGUUCUAUCAACGUGAUUGUGAAAAAUGUGAUGGAUGUAGUGCUGGGGGGCAUAUCGUUUUGGCUGUUUGGAUUUGCUUUCAUGUUGGGACGCAGCGAUUACCCGAAUCCGUUCAUCGGUUUGGGAGAAUUUCUUUCGGAUCCUUCAGUUUCCGAACCCUUGUUGGGACAAAUGAUGACAAUAUAUCUGUUCCAGAUGACAUUUUGCACAACGGCAACUACUAUAGUAGGCGGAGCGGUAGCUGAAAGAUGCAACUUCAAAGCCUACUGUUUGUUUUCGUUCUUCAAUACUAUCGUUUACUGCAUUCCAGCCGGCUGGGUGUGGGGUGAGCACGGAUUUUUGAACAACCUUGGAGUAGUGGACAUUGCCGGCAGUGGACCAGUGCAUUUGAUUGGAGGAUCGUCUGCCUUUGCCUCGGCGGCUAUGCUGGGACCACGUUUGGGACGUUAUGUCAAGGGAACAGACCCGCUACCUCUGGGAAAUCCUAUAAAUGCAUGUAUUGGCCUUUUCGUGCUGUGGUGGGGCUGGCUGGCAUUCAAUUCAGGAAGUACAUACGGUGUAAGUGGAGCGAAGUGGAUAUACGCAGCUAGAGCAGCAGUUAUGACAAUGAUGGGGUCUUUUGGUGGAGGCUGUUUCAGUAUUAUAUAUUCAAUGUCUCGCAAUAAAGGGCGUGUGGACAUUGUAUACUUGAUAAACGGAAUUUUAGCAUCAUUGGUGUCGGUCACAGCUGGUUGUUUCUUAUAUCAUGCUUGGGAGGCAAUCAUCAUUGGGGCGAUUGGCGCUGCACUCUGCCUUCUGACCUUACCGUUGUUUGAUAAAAUAGGCGUCGAUGAUCCAGUAGGUGCAAGUGCUGUGCACGGUGUUGCAGGAAUUUGGGGUGUUCUUGCCGUUGGGUUAUUUGCAGAUAAUCCUAUUCCCCUGGGAAACACAAAUGGCCGGUCUGGUCUAUUUAAGGGUGGCGGCUGGUACUUGCUUGGUGUGCAGGGUAUUUCAGUAUUGUGUUUGAUUUGUUGGGCUAUUUGCUCCACCAUCGCUUUGCUUUGGAUAAUUAAUAAAAUAGUUCCAAUUAGAAUGGAUCCGGAUGAAGAACGUUUUGGAGCCGAUUUGAUGGAACAUAACAUAAGUCAUCCACAGAUUGAAAUCUUCAAAGUCCUAUCGGCCCUGGUUCCGCCAAAUGUUGACUCAGAUGAACCGAAAGGGACGUCACCAAAUAGACGAAAUCCCGGCCAUGAUCAGUGUGUGGAUGAAAUUCGUGCUGCUAGUCAAAAGUUGGCUGAAUGGCGAAUGUUCAUGGAUAAAAUGUCUCCUCAGAAUAAGGUCGGAGUUUUACAGCAGGAUGGUCACCAACUUGAAAUUGGCAAUGGAAGUUCAUUCAAACUGCGCAACAUAAAAAAGAAAACGAAUCAAGAGGCUCAGCUCGGAAAUGAAGGAAAGUACACGCACACAGCGGCAAAUAAUCAAAUGUUUGUUAUAUCUGGAGCUCAGCAUAGUAAUUUACCAAACAAGAAUGGUCAACAAAACUUCGCAUGGAUUGAUUAAGUGAACAUGUGAGUGGUUAAUAUAUAGAUAAUAUAUAGAUAAUAUAUACAUUUACUUUGAAAGAAUGACAAAGCAAUAUUUGCUUGAAAAAUAAACGUUGAAGAGGUGCAUAGGAUGUUUAAGUU